GGUGGCAUGGUACAAUGCACUCCUGCCUCCAGCUUUCCAUCUGCCCCUGCCCGGACCUACUCUGGCUUUCCUGGUACUCAGCACACCUGCCAUGUUUGACCGGGCCCUCAAACCCUUCCUGCAAAGCUGCCAUCUGCGAACACUGAUGGACCCUGUGGACCAGUGUGUGGCCUACCACCUGGGCCGCAUUAGACAGAGCCUCCCAGAGCUGCAGAUCGAAGUCAUUGCUGAUUAUGAGGUACAUCCCAACCGACGCCCCAAGAUUCUGGCUCAGACGGCAGCCCAUGUGGCAGGGGCUGCUUAUUACUACCAACGAAAGGACGUGGAGGCUGACCCCUGGGGGACCCAGCACAUAUCAGGUGUGUGUAUACACCCCCAAUAUGGGGGCUGGUUUGCCAUCCGAGGGGUGGUACUGCUGCCAGGAAUAGAGGUGCCAGACCUGCUACCCACGAAGCCCACUGACUGUGUUCCUACAAGAGCUGACCGCAUCACUCUGCUUGAAGCCUUUAACUUCCAUUGGCGUGACUGGAGUUACAGGGAUGUUGUGACACCCCAGGAGCGCUACUCAGAAGAGCAGAAGGCCUACUUUUCUACUCCGCCAGCCCAGCGCUGGGCCCUGUUGGGCUUCACUCUGCCUGCAGAGGAGCAUAGCCCAGUAUCCCCUGAGCUUCAUCCCCUUACCACACUCAUCCCUAAGCCCCAGACUUCCAGCAGAGUACGGGGCUGGCUCAGUCCCAGAGUGUCACCAGCUGCAUCCCCUGGCCCUUGAUACCAUUCCUCCUCUGUGGGACCCCUAUUUAUGACAAUGGUACUUGCUAAAACUUUCUUGGCUUUGACGAGAGGUUUUAUUUAGGGUACAAGAUGACUAUUUUUGAUAAUAUAGGUAAAGUUCAGGGAAGUUAAGGUUUGGUUAAGACAGUAAGUCAAAGAUCAAGACAAAUCCAGCAUUCCCACCUAUCUUGGAAUAUGGGAGUAUUAAUUGCCUGUUACCAUUUCUUCACAGUGUACCAAGAUACUAGUUACAGAGUCUGAGCAGCAAGCAUCCCCUAAAUAAAGAGUACCCAGAUCAUGGGAUUGUUGUGUGAAGAAUGAAUAAAUUCACGUAAAGCACUAUUGAACAGUGCCUGGCAUAUAGAAAAGUGGUGAGUUGGCCAUUAUUAAAGGCUUCAGGAAUCCUGCACUGCUGCUCUUAGCUCUAGUCUGGGUUCUGGAGGACUGGGCAGGUUAGCGUAGCUGAAGGAAAUAAGUGUAUGGAAGAACACCCCAUGACACACUGAAGGAUCCUCAGUUCUGAAUCUGUCCUACAGUCUCAAGGACCCAUGAGGAACCCAACUUUUCCCCACCAGCAACCCUCUCAGGAUAAUGAUAUGGAUGAGGGUCAAAAAAAAAGGACCAACUAUCCUCUAAUUAUAAAGGCCUGGCUUCUACUGCUUAAAACAAGCCGAUG